CGAGCCUCAUGAACCACAGACCACAGGGACCCAGCGGAUGAACUGCAGCAUAGCUGUGCACGGAGUCACAAACCAUUAACAGGAGGACAAGAUGAAGCUGCUGGUGUGGUUGAGCUUUCUCUGCCUCUUUGCCUGUCGUCCCAGUGAGGCCAGAGUCAUCCCAGAAGGAGUGCCAUAUGAUGAACCACCAGCUGUUCCCUACUGGCCCUACUCCACCUCUGACUUUUGGAACUACAUUGAAUACUUCAGGUCCAUCGGCGCCUACAACCACAUCAACGAGAUGGCUCGGGCCUUCUUUGCUCAUCAGCCCCUUGGAGACACCCUGGGAUAUGAGACCAAUGCAGGGCAUGAGCAUUGAGAUAAGCAGAUGUUGUUAGUAAAGCAAAGAAGGAUAGCAAAUAGGAUGAAGGACAUCCUAAAAAGAUUAAGGAAAGAAAAAGAGAGCACAUCCCAUUCUGCAACUCCUUCCUUGGCAAAUCAUUGCUUGAAGCAUGGCCAGUCGUAUAGAUUACAGUUAGAGUAAAUAGCUGUUGUAGGACUUUAGAAUGCUUUUUUUUAUGGUGUAACAGAACAUUUUACAUUAAAGAAAUAUCA